AUGAAGAUGCUGGAGUCAGAUGCUCAGGAGUCAGGCUGGUUGGAGGAUCUCGCUGCUCUGGGAGAUUCAAUGAAUGUGCGGGUUGGUGGUGGUAAUAGUCGCUGUGCUGGUAGAGUGGAGGUUCUUCACAGAGGUCACACCGAUCUCAGACUGUCUUCAUCCAGUCCUGAACACAGUCAUGAGUGUGUGACGGGCUUCCAGUGCUCUGGGAGUGAAGCUCAUCUGGGGAACUGCAGCUCUCCACAAACUCUCAACUGCAGCUCCACACAACAGCUGUACAUCACCUGCCUUGGUCGAGGGUCCAUCAGGCUGGUGGGUUCUGGGGGAGACUGUGCAGGGAGGCUGGAGGUUUUUCACAGCGGCUCAUGGGGAACAGUGUGUGAUGACUCCUGGGAUAUUAAAGAUGCCCAUGUGGUGUGCAGACAGCUGCAGUGUGGAGUGGCCCUCAGUAACCAGCAGGUACCAGCCUGGUUUGGUCCUGGUUCUGGACACAUAUGGCUGGAUGAGGUGGAGUGUGAGGGGAAUGAGACGUCCCUGUGGAGCUGCUCUUCUUCAGGCUGGGGAAAACAUGACUGUAAUCAGAAGGAGGAUGUAGGAGUCGUGUGCUCAGAGUUUAAAGAGAUCAGGUUAACUGAGGGCUGUGAAGGGAAUGUGGAGGUUUUCUACAAUGGAUCCUGGGGAAAUGUGUGUUACAACCAGAUGGACAGAGACACAGCGAGUCUGAUCUGUCAAGAGCUGAACUGUGGAAGAUCUGGCAGUGAACCCGGUUAUUCAGAGGGACUGAAGCCUCAUAACUGGCUGGAUUAUUUUAAAUGUCGACGACAUGAUUCCACUUUAUGGCACUGUCCAUCUUCACCCUGGGGACAGACUAAUUGUGAUAACGAAGUGGCCAAAAUCACUUGCUCAGGUAAAUUUUUUUAA